ACUGUCCUGUGUUACAGGAUGGAGCCCCAGCAGCAGGCAGUAGGAACAGGACUUCUGUCCAGGCUUUCAAACAUGACACGCUUUGGAAGGAGCAGCGUUGGUCCUGGAGAGUCCGGCCUCAGCAACCAGAGGACAGAUCGGGAGAAACGGUGGUCCCUAGCUGCGCAAAACACAAACAACUCCAACAACAACGAUGGGAAAAAGGAGGAAAAGAAGGAUGAGAAAAAAGAUGAGAAAAAGGAUGAGAAGAAAGAUGAUAAGAAGGACGCAAAGAAGGAUGAAAAGAAAGAUGACAAAAAGGAUGAUAAAAAAGAGCCACCGAAGGAGGUGUGGAUCAUGGACCCUGCUAGCGAUAUGUACUACAACUGGCUGUGCACAGUCUCCGUGCCGGUCUUCUACAACCUGAUGUUUCUUGUGGCAAGGGCAUGUUUUAACGAACUCCAAUAUGCUAACUCAACACUGUGGAUGGCUUUGGACUACAUAUCAGAUGUUAUCUACUAUGUAGACACCUUUGUGAGAGUCAGGACUGGUUUCUUGGAGCAAGGACUGCUUGUGAAGGAUGAAAAGGUGCUAAAAGAAAAGUACACAAAGACCCUGCAGUUUAAGUUAGAUAUGAUGUCCAUCAUUCCUACUGACUUUGUGUUUCUUUAUAUUGGAAUCAACAACCCAGAGUGGAGGUUCAACCGUCUCUUUAGGUCAGCUCGACUCUUUGAGUUCUUUGACCGGACGGAAACUCGAACUAACUUUCCAAACAUCUUUCGAAUUGCAAAUCUGGUACUUUACAUUAUCAUCAUCAUUCACUGGAACGCUUGUCUCUACUUUGCUGUCUCCAAGACUCUUGGUUUUGGUACAGACACAUGGGUAUAUCCUAACAUGAGCAAUCCUGAUUAUGCUCGUCUGACCAGACAGUACAUCUACUGUUUUUACUGGUCCACCCUUACCUUGACAACCAUUGGAGAGACCCCACCUCCAGUCAGGGACAUAGAGUACUUUUUUGUUGUAGCCGACUUUCUCACUGGGGUUUUGAUCUUUGCAACAAUUGUAGGCAAUGUUGGUGCCAUGAUUUCCAACAUGAAUGCUGCGCGCGUGGAGUUUCAGGCCAAGAUUGACUCAAUCAAGCAGUACAUGCAAUUUCGGAAGGUCACAAAAGAUCUGGAGGCAAGGGUGGUGAAGUGGUUUGACUACUUGUGGACAGAGGGGAAGUCCUGUGACGAGAAACUGGUACUAAAGAAUCUGCCUGACAAGCUUAAGGCUGAGAUAGCCAUCAACGUCCACCUGGAGACUCUGAGAAAAGUACGUAUCUUUCAAGACUGUGAAGCAGGUUUACUGGUGGAGUUGGUUCUGAAGCUUCAACCUCAGGUCUUCAGCCCUGGUGACUACAUCUGUAAAAAAGGGGACAUUGGCAGGGAAAUGUACAUAAUCAAAGAAGGAAAGCUAGCCGUUGUGGCAGAUGACGGGGUGACGCAAUUUGUUGUCCUCAGUGAUGGGGCAUAUUUUGGAGAAAUCAGCAUCCUUGGAAUAAAGGGCAGCAAAGCAGGAAACCGGAGAACUGCCAACAUCCGAAGUGUUGGCUACUCAGAUUUGUUUGCACUAUCCAAAGAUGAUCUAAUGGAGGCUCUCAUUGAAUAUCCUGAUGCUAAAUAUGCUCUGGAGGACAAGGGAAGGGCCAUUUUGAUGAAGGAUAAUCUCAUAGAUGAGUCGCUGGUAGCUGCUGUUGAUGCCAAGGAUUUGGAGGAUAAAGUCAACCGGAUUGAAGGCAGUGUGGACGUCAUGACGAUCAAACUUCGAAAGCUCACAAAUCAAUAUGAAUCCUCUCAGCGUAAACUCAAUCAGCGGCUCGCUAACUUGUCAAAUGAGGUCAAAAGCCUCAGAGAUGAUGAGUGAUGUUUGCUGGGAAAUUAGUCUACAAAGAGAUAGUGAAGGCUUGUCGUCUUUGGCACUGUAGAGCUUUUAUACUCAAUAAAUGAAACAGUUGGACAGUGUUUCUACUCACUAUCCCCAUACAAAAUAUACUAAAAUAAAAAAGGCU